CGUUCGCAGAACAGCAAUAACAAGGCUGAAAAAAAAGCUGUCACAUGAUUGAGUCAAGCAUUUGACGUGAAAAGAUAUCAUAAAAGCGAAAUAGACAGUGCAGUGCUGAGCAAAGUGAAUCUUGUGAUUAAAAAAAAAUAAAUUCAUCAUCAGCAGUAGCUUUUUAUCACAAAUAGUCAUUUACUAGACAAUCCAUAAAUCGUUCAAUAUGCAGAUUUGUGGCCCAAAAUUGUCGCUUUGCGGCUUGAUCCUGUCCGUAUGGGGAAUUAUCCAAUUGACCUUGAUGGGCAUUUUCUACUAUGUGCACAGUGUGGCUCUGAUUGAAGACUUGCCGUUGAAACAUACAUACGAAAGACCAAGCGACUUCUAUACUGACGCUGACAAAGCAUACAGCCAGAAUGCAUUGAAUUGCUGGAUAGCUGCGUGCAUUUAUGUGCUCACCUUGGUGGUUUCAGGACAACAAUUCUAUGCCAACAGUCGCACCACUGCCUAAAUGCAGCCCAACACAUUCCUAUAUUUAUUUGUUUAAGAUCCAAAUUGUUGGCCGCACAUUUCACCGAAACCAAAUCAUUUUCCAUAACCCACGUCGUUUAGGAUCUGAUGAACUUCCACCAAUACAAAAAGCGCAUCCUAUGAAAAUGGUUCGAUUUCGGCGGAAUGGUGAAUUGGCUAUGCGUGUGUAAAUGCUGCUCAUAUAUCAAAACAAAUCUUUAACUAUCGCGAGCCAAGUGCACACACUUAAAGUAUUUCUAUUCUUCUCUUCUUUUUUUUGUGUCAAUAAUCACACACAUACACACAAAGAUUACAAUAUUUACCGAACAUUUGUUGAUUAUGUGAUUUCUUGAUUCAAAUCAAUUCUUCUAUUGCUUAUCGUCUGUUUUAUUGUGUAUUAGAUCAAGUUAUCAAAACCAAAAACGAAACAAAAAAAAAUUAACAACAACACAUUCUCAAUUUUAACUACAAGACCCAAAAAAAAAUUCUACCCGUCAAUCAUCUCAAUGUAAAUUGCAUUGUCCCGAUUCAACUACGUUCGUACGGUUGAUAAAUAAUCCAAUAUCCAAUGGGCAUCGUUUUAGUUUAUUCUUUUUCUUGUCAAAAAAAAAAAGUUUAUGAAAAAAAUGCAAAUUAUAAGUUACUGAAAAAUGUAAAUAAUAAAGAAAACAUGUUAGAUUA